AUGCUUUUGACUCAGCAAGAUGCAUGUGAGCCUGCGCGCAUCAUUGCGCUUUACGAGGAAGCCAUCCAAACCUCUGUCAACAGCACAGCCAAGAUAAACCUCGCUAUUAUAUUGGCAGACGGCUGGGGCGUCGAUCGCGACUUGCAUCGCUCAAGAUCGCUAAUUGAAGAUGUUAUCUGUCUGAGUGUGUUUGGCGACGAUGUUUCCGGCACGUUCCUUUCUGAUGAACCAUUCGGAUCUAUAUAUCGCCUAGCGUUGCUGUAUGAAAUGAGCAAGGACGCGGCCGUGCAUGAUAUACCCCGUGCAGCAGAGCUCUAUUAG